AUGACCAAACCUUUCAAACUGUCAUAACAUAACAAGUUUGGAUUUUACUUAUGAGUAAGUAAUAGAGUAAUUGAAUGCAUUUUAAUUGGCUCAUAAUGUAGGUCAUUGCAGAAGGAAAAGGGGUGGAGCCAUAUGGGAUGUCUGUACCAUUUUUUCCAGGGUUGUCACAGUUAGCUUGGGCUGCUGAAUGUUGUGUUUAUUUACUUGGUUGCUAGAUAUAGAUUGUUUUUGUUCUGAUAGUGAUGGAGAUAAUUUGCAGAUGUUGAUAUAAUAUUGUAUUCAUAUAACUACAAGGCAGGUGUUAAUUUUAAUAUCAAAUCAGAGUUCUAAAUAUGGGUUGUCAAAUUUAUGUUUACCUAUUUCUGACACUCGGUAUAGUAUUGUUUGUUCAUUGUGUAAGAUAUGAGCCUACUUGGAAAUCACUUGACAGUCGUCCAUUACCAGAAUGGUAUGAUCAAAGUAAAAUAGGUAUUUUCAUACACUGGGGAGUUUUCUCUGUUCCAAGUUUUGGAUCGGAAUGGUUCUGGUAUUACUGGAAAGGAUCCAAAAUCAGAAGUUAUGAGAUGUUUAUGGAAGAGAAUUAUCCUCCUGGCUUCACUUAUGCUGAUUUUGCCUCCCAGUUUCAUGCAGAAUUCUAUAAUCCAAAGAAAUGGGUGGACAUUUUUAAAGCUAGUGGUGCCAGAUAUGUUGUACAAGUUACUAAACAUCAUGAAGGUUUUACCAGUUGGCCAUCAAAUCAUUCCUUUAACUGGAACGCCAUGGCUGUCGGACCAAAUAGAGAUCUUGUUGGUGAAUUAGCUGAUGCUGUUCGUAGUAAUUCUGAUUUACAUUAUGGUGUUUAUCAUUCGUUAUUUGAAUGGUUUAAUCCGUUAUAUAAUAUGGAUAAAGCUGCUAAUUACACUACUAAUGUCUAUGAACAGACGAAAUCGUCACCAGAAUUAUAUGAACUAGUAAAGAGAUAUAAACCGGAUAUAGUCUGGUCAGAUGGACAAAUGGGGGCUGAUUCUAAUUAUUGGAAAUCAAAGGAAUUUCUUUCAUGGCUCUACAAUGACAGUCCAGUAAAGGAUCGAGUUGUUGUCAAUGAUAGAUGGGGCUCAGAAACUAAAUGUAAACAUGGUGGAUAUUACACAUGUCGUGAUCGCUAUAAUCCAGGAACACUUCAGAAGAAAAAAUGGGAGAACUGUAUGACUCUUGAUUUACAUUCGUGGGGUUAUAGAAGAAGAGCGAAUAUAAAAGACAUCAUUACCAUUGAAAAUCUUAUUGCUACAAUAGUUGAAACAGUCAGUUGUGGAGGGAAUAUCCUGAUUAAUGUGGAGAUAUAUUGUCGCGGUAUUGAUGAUCUUGUCUUAUAA